UUCUUUGCACUAACCGAACACAAUAUCGGUCGUCGGAGGGCUGCUAACAUCCCGCAGGCCUUAUGCUACUCACGGCAUGGCAGAGAGACAGGACAAUGAGGUGGAGGAGGCUGACCAGAUCUACCUUUUGAUGAAGGAGGAGUAUCGCAUCUCCAGGAAUGUGCGUCUGGCCUGGUUCCUUGGUAAACUUAACCAAGUCAUCUGGCCCGCCUCUAAGCCUGAACUGCUGAACUCAGAGAAUGAAUUAGACUUACUGAGCAUCUUACCUAAAGGAUGGCAGCCAGAUUUCUCCCCCACUAUGUACCCCUACAUGUUGAUGCCGUCCACCAGGGCCACCUUCCUGGCCCGGAGGUACCGCUUCAUCAUCGAGCUGGACCUCAGCCCCUCCACAGGGAUUGUGGAUUCAGUGGGCGGGUCUGAAAACGUGGCGGUGAUUAGCAUAAACCCGCCCCUGCUGCUGUAGAGGUAUAAAUACAUUCAG